AUGAAGCCAGAUUUCUUCAAAAAUCUACCACCAGAAAUCAUCACCGAGAUCUUCUUAAGACUACCUGCUGUAAGCAUUCCAAUAAGCAAAUGCGUUUGCAAGCGAUGGCUCCAUCUGCUGGAGCCUGAUGCUUUUGUCAAGUCUCAUUUUGCCAGAUCCGCCCCCGCCCUAGUUGUUUUGGGGGAUUCAGGUCGGUUGAAAGUUUUCGAAUUGGAAGGCGAGCUCAAUCUCGAUCUCGAGAGCUACGAUCCACUCACCAAGUAUGAUUUCCCUAACUACCACCGAGGAAGAAUGACUUCUGUUAAUGGUUUUCUUGCUCUAUGGAUGUGUGGUUAUGAUGCUCUAAAGGUGCGUGUUGAUAUGAUUUAUGUAUGUAAUCUGAUCACUCGUGAAGUUAUUAAGCUGGAUCUGCCUUCAGAUCCACAACUACGUAUUUCAGACGUAUCUGCUUAUGGAUUUGGGGUAAGCAAAAUCAGUGGCCGAUACAAGGCGGUCUGUAUUAAACUUACGCCCUAUGAUGAUAAAUUGGAUUGUCGUGUAUACACUCUUGGAACAGGAUCAUGGAGACGCCUUGAAGGUAAUCCAUAUAAUUACCAUCAUGGUUCAGGUGCAUUUGUUAAUGGAAAUCUCCAUUGGUUAGCAACACUACAAGUGCCAUGGAUUUCUUGCUUUGAUCUUGAAACAGAAUGUUUUAGCUUCUUUAAAGCUCCUCCUUAUCAUGCUCAAGGAUUUCCCUUUGUAAGAGGAAGGUCCUUAUCUACUUUGAGCGGUUGCCUAUGCUUUUGCAAGGAAGCAUCCGAAUAUGAAAAUGAUGGUGGGCGACAUGAGCUUACUAUAUGGAUUAUGAAGGAAUAUGGAGUGGACGAAUCUUGGAGCAAGGAAUAUGUGAUCCCCAUUGAUGUUGGCAUGAGUUUUGUUCAUCCCAUCAAAGUUUUCGAAAAUGGCGACCUAUUGAUGUCAGUAAAGGUAAACUUUUUCAGGUGCAUUUUCUAUUACUCUAACAAGAAUAAAACUAUGCAAAGGAUUGAUUUGUUUGGUGCUGACCGUGUCGAGUGUGGGCUUUUCACUCCCACCCUUGUUUCUCUCAAAACUUUAGGUUUAGGUGUGGAGAAUGUAAUCUCAUUCUGA